ACAACUGAGCAGAUGAGCAGAUCUUCUCUUUGUGGUUCAAAAAAUUCUCCCCAUCUCUUCUUGUCAUAAAAUCAAAACUUGCAAGAACCAAAACCAAAGCAAAAGCAAUCAGCUACUCUUAUCAAUCCCCUACCAAUUUUAAUUUAACCAUGGCAUCAUCAUCAUCAACAUCUUCUGCUGCUACCACUACCUCUGCUCCAGAACACUUUUUCUGCCCCAUCUCUCUGGAAGUCAUGGAAUACCCCGUUUGCGAUCGACGAACGGGCAUGACAUUUGAACGACGAGCCAUCAUGGAAUGGAUGUUCAUCCACGGCAAUGCAACCUGCCCUCUCACACGAAAGCCAUUGAGCACCAACGACCUGGCCCGCCAUUUUGAACUCCAAUCCGAGAUUUCGGCCUGGAAGAAGGAACACUGUCCCGAAUUGAUUGCUGCCAACAGUGAUAGCGAUGACAGCGACAGUGAAGACGAGUCUGAAUCAUUCAAUGAGGAACAACCCAACAGCCAGGACUUGAAGGCUUUCUUUAACGACCAAGAACGCGUUGCCCGGCUGCACAACAUUCGGGAGCGAGUCAUGAACCGAAGAAACGAACGAAUUGGUCGCAUGCUUGGCAACUAG